GCCGGUUAACAACAAAAGCGGGAUCGUAUCAAUAUCAAUAUGAAUUCACAGAGAAGACAUUUUUCCAUACUGACAUGAGGAUUCUGAAAUUGACUGUGUGUAAAUUUUAUGUUCAUGCUCGAAAUGACGAACUAGUUUGAUUCUGUCUCAUCACUACAUAACUUCACACGCUUUUAAAUGUUUGUUGCUUUAUGAGGGGCGUUUCAUUACAUUGAAGCUCUUUUCAAAUGAUCGAUAUUAUUCAAGUUAAAAAACUUAUAAUCGCUUCUUAAAAUGACUAGUGCAAAGCAUAACUGUCUCAUUGUUUUAAGUGGUUCUAAAGAAGGAACAUCAGCUCAAUCCUUUAUUCAAUCAUUUACAGUUCUACAUACCAAUUUCACUGUCCAGAUUGCAACUCCUGGAGGCAAGCCUUUAGAAUUUAUCAAAGAAGAUGAUCAAAGCAGAAGAUGGUUGAAUGAAUUCCGUAUGAAAUCCAUAGCAAUACCUCUUAGCUUACAGACAAUAGAUCCUCAUCGAUAUUCAUGCUUACUUAUUCCUCAUGCUCCUGGUGCAGCUCAUGACCUUUGUGAUGACAAGGACCUUGCUCAAAUAUUGAAGAACUUUAUCCAAGAGAAAAAGCCUGUUUGUGCAAUAGGAAUGGGAGUAGCUGCCUUGUUUUCAGCUAACGAAGAUGACACAUGGUGUUUCAGUAAAUACAGCUUGACAGCAACUUCAAUUUUUGAACUAGCCAGAAAUCCUCAUUUUGAAAACAUUCCAGUCAUUCCAGAAGAAGUGAUAAGAAAUAAAUUAGCUACCUACAGCUGUAGUGACCCAGAUGAAAUACACGUCGUUAUAGAUCGACAUGUAAUAACUGGUCAGAAUGAGCAAUCAACUAUUACUGCUGUUCAAAAUUUAAUAUUGAUGCACAACCAGAAGUAUGUUCGAAAAGAAAAGUCUUUGCAUUAAAUGGGCAAUAACAAUAGAUACUCUGGUUAUAUGUAUAAAACUGUAAUGUAAUGAACUUCUUAAUUAUGAGCUUGUUUAUAAAUACCAAUAUUUAUAAGCUUUUCUAGUCUGGCAAUAAAAUAUGAGUAUAUAUAUUGUUGAGCUUUCAGUUUGUAUAAAUUCUAUGAGAUGUGUAAAUAAAUGU